AUGGACGUUGAAAAGACUAUCACUCUACCUAACGGUGAAGAACCGUUGAAGACACCAACGGUUGGAGAGGGAUACACAGCUGCUAUGGGUAUCAUCAACACCUCCACUUCACCAAUCUCACGGCAUGAGUCUGAAGAACAAGAUGAAGACACCAAGACACAAUCAUUCCUCAACUUCGAGAAGCCUGGGCCUGUAACUCUUCUCUUCUGUCUCGUCCUCAACAUGCUGGUUACGAUAUCUUGGUACUAUCUCAACAUCGACAUCCCCGUCUCUGACAGAGUGACGCCGGCCAUGCUGUGUCGCUACCUGUACGAUGGUAUCGUUCUCUUCCCUAUGGGCUUCUUUUCGCUUGUUGGAUGCUUGCACUGCUAUGGCACUCUGUUGUGCUUGAGGCGAGAUGAUCGCGCGCUGUGCAUUGCAAGAGUGGCGUUGGGAGGUAUGCUCGGUGCUUCAGUGGUUGUCAAGUAUGGACUUGAGGCGGGUGUCUUCGACCUGAGUGCUCCAGAGCAACUAGUUUUCUGGGCUAUGGCGGGAGUUACACCUGGAGCUGGACUUGUGGCGUUGGUCGGAUUCUGCUGGGACAGCUUAUAUCGAGGCUGCCAGAGUGAGGAAGUCUCGAGGGUUGAUGAGAAGAGGCCUCUAUUGGAGAAAGAGGAUGUUUAA